UAUAUAAAUACCCUAUUACACUCUCCUUCUCCCUGCAACAAGAACCCAUCUUCCUUCUCACCCAUCAUGAGCUGCACUCAGAACCUAUGCUGGCCGGAGCCAGUGAUCAACGUCCAGUCUCUUUCCGAGAGCGGCAUAAACUCAAUACCCACCCGUUACAUUAAACCACACGACGACCGACCUAACACUACCAAGUUUCACGACCGUCACGUUAACAUUCCCGUUAUCGACUACACCAACCUCUUCAGCCACGACGCUGCACUCCGUCACCAAACGCUGAGAACCGUCUCUAGCGCGUGCCGCGACUGGGGGUUUUUCCAGGUGGUCAACCACGGCGUUGACCAUCGUCUCAUGGCCUCCAUCCGUGAGGUGUGGCGCGACUUUUUCAACCUGCCGUUAGAGGUGAAACAGGAAUAUGCGAACGCGCCGGACACGUAUGUAGGGUACGGUAGUCGCCUGGGAGUAGAGGAGAACGCGAGUUUGGACUGGGGCGAUUACUUCUUUCUCCAUUACUUGCCGGUAACGGUUAGGGAGAAGAGCAAGUGGCCUGCAGUUCCGCCGUCUUGCAGGGAAUUGAUUGAAGAAUACGCUAGAGAAUUGGUGAAAAUAUGUCAAAGACUUUUGAAGGUUCUAUCCACCAAUCUAGGCCUAGAAGAAGACUAUCUCCAGAAUGCUUUUGGUGGAGCUAAGAAUAUUGGUGCUUGUUUAAGGGCUAAUUUCUACCCUAAAUGCCCACAACCAGACCUUACUUUAGGCAUCUCUCCACACUCCGACCCCGGCGGCAUAACUAUCCUCCUGGCCGACGAUAAUGUCACCGGCCUCCAAGUCCGAAACUCUGGUCGUUGGGUCAAUGUUAACCCUAUCCCUAAUGCCUUCAUUGUCAACAUAGGAGAUCAGAUUCAGGUGCUAAGCAAUGCAAUUUACAAGAGUGUGGAGCACCGAGUUGUGGUGAACUCAUUGAAGGAACGUCAGUCACUGGCUUUCUUCUAUAACCCAAAGAGUGAUUUGGCGAUUGAACCAGCAAAGCAGCUUGUGACAAAGGGGCGUCCAGCACAAUAUCAACCUCUGACAUUUGAUGAAUACAGACUUUAUAUAAGGAGAAAGGGUCUUUGUGGGAAGACUCAAGUUGAGUCCUUAAAAUCCAACAUAUAAAUAUAUAUAUAUAUAU